AUGCAGGUGACGAUCCCGUCGGGCGCCGCCGAGUGUUUCGCCGUGGAGGCGGAGAACUUCAAGCACGGCAUCUCGCUCAACUACGAGGUGCUACGUGGCGUGGCCGAGGAGCUGGAGACGGAGCUCACGGACGGCAAGGACCAGGUCGUGUACGCGCGCAAGGGCCCGUCCGGGAGGUACGUGAGCCCCAUCGGGGAGGGCGGAAUGCACGCCGUGUGCUUCAAGAACGAGCGCGCGCCCGUGGGGGACGUCACCAUCGGCUUCUCCUUCCACGCAGACGACCCGAGCCACGAGGUGCUGUCCAACGCGGACGCCACCAAGAUCAAGCAAGUGCAGGAGCUGGAGGACAUCGUGUACGAGCUCAGCGUGAACCUCGACACUGUCAAGGAUACCCAAGCGUACAUGAAGGCGAUCACGAACCACCACAAUGAUCGUACGUUCUGCACGUGCAAAUGA